AUGGAGGAAGUAGAAGACAACAUACACACUCAACCAUACACAGAUGACAUCCCCACAGAAGAUGAAGUCGAGCAGGACGCAAAUAGCAGACAGGGGCUUUUCAAAUACUUCAGAGUUGCAAGAAUAGAAUAUCCAAAGUUCAUCUUGUUGGGCGUGAUGCUUGGAAUCGUAGGAUUCAUAUAUUCAUUCAUGAGGAUCUUAAAGGACAUGUUUGUAAUGGUAAGGCAGGAGCCAACAACAAUAUUAUUCAUCAAGAUAUUCUAUGUCCUUCCUGUGUCAAUGACACUGGUGUUCCUCAUCCAAUAUCAGCUUAGCUCAAAGACAGUCUCCAGAAUAUUCUCCAUAUUCUGUGCCGGGUUUGCAUCUCUCUUCUUCUUCUAUGGCGCUAUCCUUCUGAUUGAGGAGCACAUCUCGCCCUCAAGGUUUCUUUUCAGAGACAUCUUUGUUGACGGGAAGAUGUCUUCUAAAGGACUCAACAUCUUCAAAUCAAUGUUCUUGACAAUCAAUGAGCCACUUGCCACGCUUGUGUUCAUUACGGCAGAGAUGUGGGGAAGCCUGGUUCUGUCAUAUCUGUUCAUGAGCUUCCUGAACGAGCUGUGCACAAUCAAGCAGUUCUCCAGGUUCAUUCCAUCCUUGAUCAUCAUCAUGAAUCUGUCGCUGCUCUUGUCUGCAAUUGCAACGGGUGGAUUCUUCAAUCUCCGACGAAGCUUCACAUUUGAGCAGAAUCAAUUUUUCCUCUCUGGCAUUUUCAUCACACAAGGCAUUCUAAUAGUGCUGGUGAUCUUCUUAAAAAGUUACCUUGAGAAAGUAGUGAUGGCAAAGCCACUGUUCCUUGUUUCUUCAGGUUCAAGAAGAAAGAAGGCAAAAGCGAAUGUUUCGUUUGCAGAAGGCCUUGAAACCAUGUCCCAAUCCAGGCUUCUUCUUGCAAUGUCUUUGAUAGUGCUGUUCUUCAACAUCUCAUACAAUAUGAUUGAGUCUACAUUCAAGGCUGGCACCAAGGUUGCUGCUGAAUACUUCAAUGAAGAAAAAGGACAAUAUUCUGGAAAGUUCAACCAGAUCGACCAAUAUAUGACGUCAAUCAUAGUGAUAGGAUUGAAUCUGUCGCCCUUCUCAAGCCUUGUGGAGACAAGCGGCUUUUUGCUUGUAGGAAUGAUAACACCGAUCAUCACGCUAAUGGCUGUAAUUUUCUUCUUUGGAUCUACAAUAUAUAACACAGUUGUUGAGGGAUCCUCGCUUAAGUUCCUGAGCGGAUUUUUCCCUGAUGGAGAGCUCAAAUAUAAGCUUGAAAAUUAUUCAGGCAUUAUAUUUCUAUCUCUGCUCAAAAUUGCAAAAUACUCUGCAUUCGAUAUCUGUAAAGAAAAGCUUGGCAUGAGAAUCAAUCCCACAUAUAGAGCAAGGUUUAAGAGCGUCUAUGAUGGGAUUUUCGGAAAGGUCGGAAAAUCUAUAGGUUCAAUAUACGGAUUGAUGAUGUUUGAGAUUCUUUCAACAGAGGAUCUCAGGCAGGCUGCUCCAAUCACUGCAGGAAUCAUCUCAGUGUUUGCAGCAAUGUGGAUGAAAUCUAUAGUGUAUCUCUCAGGCUCCUAUGAAUCAGCAGUCAAGCAGAACAAAGAUGUGGAUAUUGACAUGGUUGAGGUAGAGAAGGAUCAAUUGCCUGAACCCGAGAAAGCAAAAAUGUAG